AUGGAGUCGAAUUCGACCCCGCGAUAUGGCUCGAUGAGGCCUCUCCUCCUUGCUGGUGGCAAGUCGACGCGAAUGGGCUCGCCAAAGCACCUCCUGUCACUUCCCGAUGGCCAACUACUGUACCUGCAUCUCGCCAAAACUCUGCAUACCGCUUGUCCGGAUUCAGGCACUGUGUUCAUCUCCCUUGCGCACGAUUCGAUUUUGGACCACAGCCUGCGCACUGCAACGGAACAGGGUCGCAGUAUACUCAGUCCUGGGGAUUUGCAGCCUUCAGAUCGGCUUGUUACAUUAAACGAACACAAUGCACCACACCUAAAGGUGCUCAUGGAUAAGGGCAAAGAUACUAGGCAGGAGUCCACCGGCCCAGCGGCCGGGCUCUUGGCAGCUCACCGAGCAUAUCCGGACGUCACUUGGCUCAUCCUGGCCUGUGAUUUUCCCUUCUGCACCACCGAGCUAUUGCAUCAGCUCCAAUCUGAAUAUCAACCUCCAGUGACUUGCUUCCGCAACGACAAGGGCUUCAUCGAGCCGCUGCUCGCCAUAUGGAGCCCAGAAGCUUUGCGGCGACUUGAGCAUAACACAGCCAAUGGCAAGUCAAGUCCAAGUGCAGUGGUGCGUCAGUUGAGUGGAUUGGUGCUUGCGCUCCCACGACAGACAAGGUUCAACGAGGAUGGAGAGCCUGAAUUUACUGAUGGCCUUGAGAAAUUAUCCCCUCUCUUCAACGUCAACACGAAGGAGGAAUGGGAAACUGGCUCAGGAGCUGACACCAAAGCCGUGUUGCGUCAUUGGGUAGCAUUCCACUAG